AUGAACCGAUUCCAUAAUAACGGGAAGUCCGGUUGGGGCGGUCAUCGCCCGGAUUCGUUCGCAAGUGGGGCUUCGCGCCGACAGAAUUUUUCAAUCCGUCGUAAUGAUGUUUUUCACCGUCAACCGAGCGACGGGGAAGAUUUGGAGGGUCGACCAAACGGUGAUCCUCACCAAGAGGAUACUGUGAAUGGGAAGUUGGAUCGCUUACUGGAGCAGAUGAAUAGAUUUGAUCAGUGGCGGGAUGAGACGGAUCGCAGAUUCGAGAAUAUGGAUCCGCCUGCGACGCGGGAAACGGAACCCCCUCUGGGGUUUGCUGAGACCGACGAUGGGGGGUUUGAGGAGUUCAGGAAACGGAAUUCGGGAGAUAUGGGGUACCGCGCACGACACCCUACUGGCGGCCGUCGCCAGGGUUCGAUGGAGGACCGGGAAUACCGCGUUGAAAGGGGCAGGUGGGGUUCGGCCUGGGAUGCACCAGGGAAUCGCUACGUUAGGCCUCAAUUCGGAGGGGUUCCGCAGCAAUUCGACAGGCCGGUGUCGUGUUGGGACCCGCCCCAACGAUAUCAAUCGUCCUCUGGCUCGUUUGAUAAAAAUCAGGUAUCCAUGAAACCGCCUAGAUUCGAUGGCACCGACGCGACGAGCUGGAUUUCCAGGGUUCACUACUAUUUUGACCAUGUUAUGAUGCCGGAGGCUCAGCGCCUUCAUUAUGCUGUUAUGCUAUUCGAUCCACCAGCAUCGGAAUGGGUGUUUAACUACUGUGCCAACACCGAUUUUGUCACGUGGCAAGAAUUUCUGGAGGACGUUCGCCAUCGCUUCGACAAACAGAGCUUCAAAGAUUAUUUCGGAUUAAUCGCCAAGCUGACCCAGACGGGAACAGUACUCGAGUACCAUGAUACAUUUGAGAGGUACCUAAAUCGGGUUCAGGGUGUCCCGGAGGUAAAACUGUUUACGCUAUAUGUGGCAGGCCUUAAGCCGGAUAUGCAGGAGCGGGUGACACUCCGCCAGCCGAGGUCCCUUGCAGCGGCCAUGGCACUGUCAUUGGAGUUAGCGGACUCCCAGCCUGACCGUAGCCUUGGGCAGUACCCGUCGGGUUUUCAACGAAGAACGUGGCAGGGGCGCGACAACCGCCCGUCGGCAAAUCCAUUAGGCCCACAGCCGCCAGCGGCACAGGGCGCAAGGCAGGGUCCGCUGGGGGAACCACAGCAGCGUGUAAAGGAGCAGACGCGAGGUCCAACCAUCAGGGUGUCCCAGGCAGAGAAGUCUGAGCGUUCACGGCUAGGACUCUGUUGGCAUUGUCCGGAGAAGUGGGUGAUAGGUCACGUGUGUAAGCAGCGUAUGCUCUGCUACGCGGAUGAGGAGGACUCCUUUUCUGACGAGGGUGAUGGUGAUGUGAAGGACAACGAUCUACAGCCAGAGAUUGCACAUAUACACUCUCUAGAAGGGGGUAGGCGAUCUCGACCGCUGAAGGUGUUGGGGCACAUCCAGGAUCGCGAGGUUUGCAUUUUGGUUGACACUGGGAGUGACCGCGAUUUCGUACACCCGACCAUAGCAGAGAGCCUACAUCUGCCCUUGUCCCCGAUUCGGCCUUUUCGGGUGUUUGUGGGCAACGGCGCGGCUUUACUUUGCACUCAUAUGGCGAUGCAGACGAAAUUGAGGGUGCAAGGUUGCGAGUUUGUAGUGGACCUUCACAUUUUACCGAUUCAUGGGCCGGAUGUGAUUUUGGGCAUGGAUUGGCUGGAGUCGUUAGGGAGGAUCUCCGCCGAUUUCUCAAGCAAAACGUUGGAAUUCUGUCACAACCGGCAACCGUUUACCUUGCGCGGGAUCACCGCCCCACCACGCCGCUUGGCGGCUCGGACUCUACUUUCAAUGCAUUCGUCCCCGGAUGUGCUGGAAUGUUUUGAAAUUGCGUUGUUGGAAUUGGAGUCCAGCGCAGGUGAACCGGCGCAGUUUCCCUCGGAUCUGCCGAGAGGAGUAGCAGCGGUGUUAGACGAAUUUGGGUCGGUCUUCAGAGUCCCGACGGGGAUGCCACCAGUACGUCCGUAUGACCACCGAAUUCACUUGUUGCCGGGGUCAAAACCGGUCAACGUGCGCCCGUACAGGUAUCCCUACUUCCAAAAAAACGAGAUUGAACGACAAGUCCGGGAGAUGUUGGAGCAGGGAAUUAUUCAGAGGAGCAAUAGCCCGUUUUCGUCGCCGGUUUUGCUGAUCCGGAAGAAAGACGGGUCUUUCCGUUUCUGCAUCGAUUAUCGCUCCCUGAACACCGCGACGAUCCCGGAUCAUUUUCCAAUCCCAACAGCAGACGAAUUAUUUGAUGAAUUGGGGAAAGCAAGGGUGUUCUCCAAGCUAGAUCUGAGGUCGGGCUACCACCAGAUUCGAAUGCAUGAGGACGAUGUGUUCAAGACCGCGUUUCGGACUCACGACGGGCACUUCGAGUUCCUGGUAAUGCCUUUCGGCCUGACAAACGCGCCGUCCACCUUCCAGGCCGCCAUGAAUUCUAUAUUCCAACCUAUGCUUCGCAAGUUCGUCAUCGUGUUUUUUGAUGAUAUACUGAUAUAUAGCCCGUCCGUUGAGGACCAUGCGGCUCAUCUGUCGGCGGUCCUAACCGUUUUGCGCAAGCACAGUUUCUUCGUUAAGUUGUCCAAGUGCUCAUUCUGCAGUCCGACGGUGGAAUAUCUUGGUCAUCUCAUUUCCGAUGGCUUAUUGAAAGCGGACCCAGCAAAAAUUGUGGCGAUGACCGCGUGGCCAGUGCCAACGACGGUGAAGCAGUUACGGGGUUUCCUGGGGCUGACAGGGUAUUACAGGCGGUUCAUUGCGCGGUACGCCUUCAUUGCCGCCCCGCUCACGGACCUCCUGAAGAAGGACGGAUUUGGCUGGUCCCUCGCCGCGGAGGAGAGUUUCAGCGCUUUGAAAGAGGCCAUGACAAAGGCGCCAGUAUUGCGGCUUCCCGAUUUCGGGAAACUUUUUUGUGUGGAAACAGACGCGUCAGAUUCGGGCAUUGGGGCCGUUUUGCUACAAGAUGAUCAUCCCGUGGCCUUUUACAGCAAAAAGCUCGGCCCCCGGCGGAGGGUGGCCUCUACUUAUCACAAAGAGCUUUAUGCGAUAGUAGAAGCAGUUCAGAAGUGGCGCCAAUAUCUCUUGGGCCGUGAGUUCGUCAUCCGAAGUGAUCAGAAGAGUUUGAAGGAAUUACUCCAACAGGUGGUACAGACACCCGAUCAGCAGCUUUAUGUGAGGAAACUGAUGGGAUAUAAAUUCACAAUCGAGUAUAAGAAAGGGACUAUGAACAGGGUAGCGGAUGCGUUAUCCCGUCGGGAAGAAACCGACCAGUCGGCACCCCCAGCCACCCUGCCCAGCGAGACCACGUCGGCUGACCCUCACCUGUCCGACGAGGAGGAAAGCACUCCCGAGGAUCAGUGUCGACAGCUUCUGGCCGUAACACAGCCAGUGCCGGAGCUGCUGGACCUCCUGCGACGUGAGACAGCUUCCUCACCGCAAAUGCGCGAGAUAGCAGCGACUAUUCGGGACGGCACAGCGGCAACACACCUGACAUUCGCAGGUGGCCUAGUGUACUACAAUCGCCGCAUUUUUGUGGGGACACGUUCCUCGGCUCGAGCCGCUAUUAUGGACGAAUAUCACAGCUCACCCUCGGCAGGUCACCCGGGCUUCGAACGGACGUUACGACGGAUUAGGGCAGAAUUCUAUUGGCCCGGAAUGAAAAAGGAGGUAAAGAAGUUUGUGGAGGCAUGUAUCGUGUGUCAAACGACGAAAUACUCAACACAGAAACCAGCUGGCCUUUUGCAACCCCUACCAGUGCCUACACAGGUUUGGGCGGACGUGUCGAUGGAUUUUGUUACGGGCCUGCCGCAGUCAAGGGGAUACACCGCGAUUAUGGUGGUGGUGGACAGAUUGUCGAAGUAUGCUCAUUUCGCACCCUUACCAACCCGUUUUGAUGCCUUACGGGUGGCUCACCUAUUCGUCAACACGGUGGUCCGGCAUCAUGGGUUCCCUUUAACGUUGGUUUCGGACAGGGACUCGGUGUUCCUAAAUCAAGUGUGGGCGGAGUUGAUGCGUUUAAGUGGAACAAAGCUGAAUUUUUCAACCGCGUAUCAUCCACAGUCGGACGGGCAGACGGAGGUCCGCAAUCGGGGGUUGGAGCAGUAUUUGAGAGCCUUUACAUCAGAUCGACCUUCUAAGUGGGCCAAUUUCUUGCCGUGGGCGGAAUUGGCACUCAACUGUUUUCACCAUUCGGGGUUGGGCAUGUCACCCUUCAAGGCGUUGUAUGGCCGCGACCCCCCGAGCUUGGUGUUCGCUCAACCUUCGGCGGCUACCCCUUCCUCGGCGGCGGAUUUGAUUCGCCAAAGGAGCGAGUUGCUGGUGGAGCUGAGACGGAAUUUGGAGCGAGCACAGCGCCGCAUGCGGGACUCGGCAAAUAAACAUCGACGCCACGUCGAAUUUGAGGUUGGCGACCUCGUGUUACUGAAAUUGCAACCGUAUAGACAGCAUUCUGUUGCGCGGCCGCAGUCGGCUAAGUUGGCGCGGCGAUACUAUGGCCCCUUCGAGAUCGUGGAGCGCAUAGGCCCGGUGGCGUACAGGUUGCGGUUGCCCGAGGGGAGCCGUAUUCAUAACGUUUUCCACGUGAACCUUCUGCGUGCGUUUGUUGCGGGCGGCACGGCUGGCGGGGGAAUGGAGUUACCCUCAGAAUUUUUUGGGGAUAGGCCGAUUGUGUAUCCGGUUCGGGUGCUGGACAGAAAGGUGCUAUGGUACGACGGAAGACCGGUGGAACACGUCUUGGUGCGGUGGUCCGAUGGUACUGACUCGCCAACGUGGGAGCCGUCCGAGGUAGUUCGCGAGCGAUUUCCAAAUGUUCUCCUUGAGGACAAGGAGUUUGCAAUGGGGGAGGGGGUUGAUACGGACCCUCCGCAUCCCAAUCAUGAUCCGGCAGCGGAGCCGGCGGAGCCGCGGCAGUCUGAACAAGAGCCAGCAGCAGGGGCAGUAGCCCACGGGACAGAGGAGUUAGAGGAAGUACGAGUGGUGCAGGAGACCGUCGGCAAGGACAGACGAGCGAAGGGAGUACGCGGGGAAGCGUCCAUCGCGAAGACGAAGCCAGCAAGGAACGCAAGGCCUCCGAAGAGGUUCGGCGACUUCGUCGCCAAGUAA